GGAGGGCACAUUUGUCGGCCGCAUUUGGAGGAGCCUUCGCGCAUCAUGAUGACGUCAUGCAGCCUACAAAUGCGCACUUUGAGGAUGUAGACGGUGGAUUCAGCUCAUAAACCGCACCAGGCCUCUUCCACUUCCUCUCCCUCCUCCUGUGACGGCUGCUGUUAGCUGCCCACCAAGCACUUAGCAAGACUGCGACUAGCUACUAGCUUUGGCUUCAAAAAAGAGAAGUGAAGGUGGGGAGGAAGAGAGACGAGGUCCGCUGACUGGUAUCUGGAAACAAACCGAUGAAAAACACAAUGUUGCGAAAUCGCUGAACGCCCCGUCGCUUUUGCGGAGAAUGGCUGACAGCCGAGUAGCAGCGAUAACAUUGGCUCCACACCUUCAUCGCGUCCUGUCUUUUUCUCUCCCGCAGGAAGCCUUCAUCGCCAUUGAGGGGAUUUAUGGGCUCACAAGUUUCAUCUGAUGAGAUGAGUGUCCGUGCCGGCCAGGGGAGUGAUGAGGUGCUGGUGUCACAGGCCGUGUGGGAUUACCUUGCUGCGGCUGGGGGGCCAUGGCUCCUUGACUUCCAGCACAAGCAGGGCGUGAGCGCCGGCAUAAUCCGGCGGGGGGAGAGAGGGGGCUGCUGUGCCGUGAGGUUGCAGCCUGUGGGAGGUUCCAGGCUCUCCGGGGUGGCGGAUGGACCCGUCACCAGCGAGACGCGGAAAGCCUUCAUUGACCUGUGCCGCUGCGCCCGCAAAGAGAUGAGCAAGCAGGAGGGGGGCUCCAAGAGGAAGAGAGCCCUGCUGCCCUGUGUGGGGGUCCUGGAGCCAAAGGAAGAGGGGAAUCUGGUUCAACAUCAGCCUCCGCCGCCGCCGCCUCAGCCUCGCCGCUCCCAGAGACAGCAGCAGCAACAGAAGUUUAGGAAACCUGCCGAUGAGGAGUCCUGCUCCAUGUUCCAUGAGGUGGCCCACAGGAAAGACUGCGGGAUGGCUUCCCACAGCGAGGCUGACGACCACAUGUCUUGCUCUAUCUGCAUGGGGGACAUUGUGGAGAAGACAACGCUGGAGAAAUGUGGCCACUCCUUCUGCCGCUCUUGCCUGGAUCAAGCCUUCAAGGUAAAGAGGGCCUGUCCUGUGUGUCGGCUUGUUUACGGCCAGUUGAUUGGUAACCAGCCUGCCAACGGCACCAUGAUUGUCGAGCGAGAUCCGGACCUGCAGCUUCCGGGUCAUGAAGGCUACGGGUGUAUCUGCAUCAUCUACAGCUUCCCUCCUGGCUUACAGGCGCUUGAGCAUCCAAACCCGGGUGUGCGGUACCCAGGAACAGACCGUGUGGCCUACCUCCCUGAUAGCCCAGAGGGGAACCGCGUUCUGGGCCUUCUGCGCCGGGCCUUCGAGCAGCGCCUUACCUUCACGAUCGGUACCUCCAUGACGACGGGCUUGCAAAAUGUCAUCACCUGGAAUGACAUUCACCACAAGACCUCAAUAUGGGGCGGGCCCCGCUGUUUUGGCUACCCAGACCCCACGUACCUGGUGCGAGUGACAGAGGAGCUCAGAGAGAAAGGUAUCACGGUGGACUGACGGCAUUGAAUUGAAAAGGACCUUCAGGACUUUGGCAGGUGUCACGGUUGUGGACAAAGCUUGGCUCCAGGUUGUUCUGUAAACGUUCCGCCCCCAUCCCAUGAAGCUUUUUGGGCCCUCAGCAGACGGGUGCUGCAGCAGAGUCCUCAUCAAUCCGUUCCCACACAUUUUUCCUUAGAGGUUCAGUUUAACUCCACGCCGCACGUGGAUGGAAGGUGAGAGUGAGUGCAGUGCAUUCUCAAAUGACACAAUCCUCCACUUGUUUUUUUGGAAAAUGCACUUUGCUACUUUAUUAUUUGGUAUACGGCACUUACUCUUAUGAAGACAUGUCUUGAAUGUUUCUGCUCUGAUGAUUUCCUCAUUAGUUCUAAUCACAUUUUAUUUCCUUAUUUCCCAGAUGACAGCUUCAGCCCCCCCCCCCCAACUUCUUGCAAUCUACAGCACUCACGGGCACUUUUUUAUAAGGGAGCAUUUUUUGUAAAGCAUCUGCUUUCUUCCUGAUUGUUUUUGAAAAGCGUUUAGGGUAAACAGGUUUUCGCACUUGGUCAUGUAAUUUGUCAAACAGAUACCAUUGCCAUACUCUUUGUGUAGAUCAGGACCCCCUUCCCCCCACCCUUCUUGGCCAUCACUCACACGUGUACCUUGAAAAUGUCUCCCAGGUAUCAAGCCCAUGACUUUAGUUGUUAGGAAGGCACUCAUCUAAUUACCAGAUUUAUGAAGAUGUCAAAUAUUCUGGGCAUAUAAGCCACUGAACCAAAUGAAAGGCACAAAAGCUCUUUAAAAAAUCUAUGCCGACGUCCUUGUCAAAGUGGGAGAGUUGCCUGUUUAGCGCUCAUUAAAAAUGAGACUACUGUUGGAAAUGUUGAUCUGAAUAGAUGAUAUAUCUACACAGUACAAAAACAACUUACUUGGGAACAAUGAAUUAUGAUUUGAAUUGUUAGGGUGUGGAUUUUGUUGUGCCUUUUCUGAUACUCCUGGUGAAAUAAGCAUGAUGGUAAGCAAAGUACGUUUGGGUGUAUUGCAGUGUUUUUCUUGGUAAACAGCGUUAUGUUUGUAGCUAUACUUACAGGCUUUAAAGGGGAACUGCACUUUUUGGGGAAUUCAGAUCAUUCCCAAUCUUUAUGUGAAAGACUAUAGACUUUACCAGACUUUACUGGAAUGUCUUUCCGAGACUAUUGAUUUCACAGACGUAUUGAUCAGAACUAAUCCUGAGAUCCUGAGUCUUCGUGGCGAUGUUGUCGGGUCGAGGUUGAGAGCUGGUAUCCUUCCGUCUGUCCUGUUGUUUUGUUGUUAGCUUAUGGAUUCUCUACUUUGACUAACUAUUCGGCUUAUUGCCGACACAUGUGAGGCAUGAUUUGUAACCUAGCAUUAACUUUUCCAAACUAGCAACACAGUACCAGCACCGUUGCAGCACAGGUUGCGUCACUGGGGAGUAGCUCGAGUGACACAGAGAUGUAGCUGUAUCCCAAUGAUGUACAUUUUAGCUAGCUCAAAUUAACUUGUUUUCUCAUGUUAUAAUGCACAGAAAAGGGAAAUAUGUGUUCAUCUUUCACAUAAAGAUUGGGAAUGAUGAGCCAAAUUCCCAAAGAAGCGCAGUUCCCCUUUAGGGAAAAAGGCACUGUUCAUGCAAACACGUAUUAGCAUUUUUUUCAUAAACUUGGAGUCCAGACAUUCUUUGAAUUCUGUUUUAUGUUUGAAAGUGUUUUGCUAAGUGCAGUAACCUGCUUGGCUAGUGAUACAUUCGGCAUUACAUACAAGUAAUUUCCCGUUUUCACACCCUUAUUUUUUUCAAGGGACCAACUGAAAUAUUUUUGGACACAGGAUUGUAGUUUACUCGACUACUGUGUAAACAUGUCUAUGCAUUAUGUGAAUGAGGAGGAGCUGGGGGGUGAAUCAUUUGGGAGGUGACGCAUGGGACAAAUAGAGGUUGCAAUUUUGCUUUUCUAACUGUCAAUUGGUACUUUGUUGAUCUCCAGAAUAAUGUGCUUUACAUUUUAAUACUUGAAUAAAAUAAAAACUCAUAUUUGA